AGUAGUCAUAGCUCAGGACAUGAGAGCUGUAUGUAAACUGCCGGCACAUGUGCUCUACGGACAGAGUGCAGCGCUUUUGUGACAUGCGACUCACGUCACUAGGAUGUGGAGUCUCAGAAUAUGAAUAUGCUAACUAAGGGGACAGCUGAUUAAGAAGACAGAAAGAAGCAGGGGUGGCCAGCCAGUGGUGCGACUCCCUGAAUUCAGUAGGUGAACAUCGCCAGCCAAUAUUUUAGGAACCACAGCACCAAUUAUAAGCCAUGGGGAGACGUGCAGUGAUCAUAGGAAUUCUGACUGCCCUAGUGUUGGCACUUACUCUGUUUUUGGGAUUGUUCUUUGGACUGCGCACUCAACCUGUUUCUGUUCCACACAUCUAUGAAAGAGCAGCUAUAGCAACAGAUGCUGGGAAAUGCUCCGAGAUUGGCAGGGAUGUUCUUAAAGAAGGUGGCUCAGCAGUGGACUCUUCUAUAGCUGCCCUCAUCUGUGCUGGUCUUAUGAAUGCUCAUAGCAUGGGCAUUGGAGGAGGAGUGAUCUUUACUAUAUAUGAUCCAAAAACAGGUAAGGCUGAAGUGAUAAAUGCUCGUGAAACUGCGCCAAUGAAUGCCACAGAGAAUAUGUUUGGGAACAGCACUGCGUUAUCACAAAAAGGGGGCUUGUCUAUAGCAGUGCCAGGGGAGAUUAGGGGAUACCAAAUAGCACACCAACGGCAUGGCAAGUUACCAUGGAAACGUUUGUUUGAACCAAGCAUUAAGUUAGCUCGUGAGGGAUUCCCUGUUGGCCUGGGUCUAUCCCAGGGUCUUACUUCAGCCAAGGCAGUUAUUGAACAAGACAAGUCACUUUGUGAGGUAUUUUGUAAUGCACAGGGAAAAGCCUUGCAGGAAGGAGAUAUUGUGAAGUUUCCUAAACUAGCAGACACUCUUCAGGUCCUGGCGGAUGAUCCUGAUUCCUUCUAUACUGGCGCACUUGCCAAGCAGAUUGUAAGAGACAUCCAGCAAGCUGAUGGAAUUAUUACAGAGGAAGAUCUGAGAAAUUAUCAAGUUGAUGUCAACGAGGAGCCGCUUAGUUUCCAGCUAGGAGACUAUAGUCUAAUCAGCCCUACUGCGCCUCUGAGUGGUCCUGUCCUUGGACUCAUACUGAACAUUCUAAAAGGUUUUAGCUUUUCUGCCCAGAGUAUAAAGCCUGCAUCUCUUGGACUGACCUACCACCGCAUAGUAGAAGCUUUCCGUUUUGCCUAUGCUAAAAGAACUCUGCUAGCUGAUCCCAAGUUUGUGGAUAUAACAGAGCUGUAUUCCUCCUUGCAGGUAAUGAAGAACAUAACUUCGGAUAACUUUGCUGCAAAUCUAAGAGAUAAAAUUUCAAACAAUACCACCCACCCAUCAGAAUACUAUGAGCCCAUAUUCUACACUCCAGAAAACCAUGGCACAGCACACCUGUCAGUUGUGGCAGAUGAUGGAAGUGCUGUGUCUGCCACCAGCACCAUCAAUCAAUACUUUGGAUCUAAGGUUCGCUCCAAUGUAACUGGGAUCAUCUUCAAUAAUGAGAUGGAUGAUUUUAGCUCACCACUCAUAACCAAUGGAUUUGGUGUUCCACCCUCACCAGCUAAUUUUAUCAGACCGGGUAAACGUCCUCAGUCUUCCAUGUGUCCAUCAAUCAUACUGGAUAAGGACAGAAACGUACAUAUGGUGAUUGGAGCUUCUGGAGGGACUAAAAUCACCACAUCAACAGCACUGACCAUUAUAAAUUCACUAUGGUUUGGCUAUGAUAUAAAGAAUGCAGUGGAGCUGGCACGGGUGCAUAAUCAGCUAUUCCCUAAUGACACUACUGUAGAAGAUACAAUAGAAAAGAGUAUAGUGAAUGAGCUCCAAAUGCGUCAUCAUAAUGUAGUAUAUUCAAGAAGAGCUGGAUCUGUGGUUCAGGCCAUUUUACGGACCAAGGGCAAAUGGGCUGCAGCUUCAGACUCCAGAAAGGGAGGUUAUCCUGCAGGCUACUGACCUGUAACCUACAUUGUCAAAUUAUUGUGAGCUGCUUAUUGGAGUCUAUGUUCACAUUGUCCUCAGUGGAUUUUAGCUUUCCUUUAAUACAUUUCAAGACACUUUGACUCAGGGAUCAAAUGAUGUUGUCCAUGUGUGUAAUCCCUACCUGUGGAUACAGAGACACACACUGAAUCCUGUCUUCUUCAUAAGAAAGGUAUAAAAUAGAGCAUUAAAUGAAGGUAAUCCUGCAGUUCUGCUAUACAAUUGGACCACGUCUUUAGGCCAUGUCCAGAUCACAGAAUAUGCAGGUGGGAUCACAUGAUAAUGCGGAAACUACACUGGACAAUACAAACUGUGCCUUUAUCGGUUGCUCACUUUGUGACAAUUGAAGAACUCCUUCAUUGAUUUAAGCUGUUUUGUCAUUGGAUAAAAAGGAAAAGGUUCCUUGAGGGAGAAAGAAGGAUUUGCACAUCUCUUUCUGGAGAUCAACGAAUUGUCAUCGGACAUCGAUUAUCUACUCUGGCUGACAUAAGGUCUACAUUAUGGUGGUGGAUGGAUAUGUUGCACAAUUUUGAGCCACUUUAUUGCUUUUUGAUCAUUACUUGGAAAGGAAACUUGUGUGCAUUAAUAGCUUUACAUUUUCUGGGAAACAUCUUUUAAGUAGCCACUAAAACGGUAUCAUCAAAGUCCUGUUCUGUCCAUCCACAUUUACAAUUUCAUCCAUCAAAGCCAUAAAAAUAUUUUUGGUGAAAAAAAUGAAAUUAAGAGUUAAAGGGAUUGUCCAAGUUAUCAUCAAUAGCUGGUGCUAGAAUUGUGCUGUCUUAGUCAAUGUCUAGUGCCUGUAGACCCAUGUCAAUGCGGCAUCACUAACAUAUGGAACAAGACCACUGAGGUCAAUUAUUGGUGACUGACGUGGGUAUAUUGGCACAUCAUGGCCAUGUAAGAAAAAACGUCUGGGAGGACAUGAAUAGCAGGGCAGGAACGCAACAAAGAUUGAAGGGAUGAGUCCAGCUUCUUUUUUUAUUUUAUUAUUUUCAUAUAAGUGCCAGACACUUUUUUUUUUUUUUUUUUUUUUAAAUCAACAAACGCUUUUUCUAAAGAUGAAACCUAUUUUGAACUGCCUUAUAAAUAAACAUAUAUUGGUAAAUAAAGCUACUUUACUACCUGUGGUCUUUACCUGUAGUAAAAUAUAUUCAUUAGACAGUUGAAAAUAGGUUUCAUUGUUGGAAAACCCCCUUAAAAUAAAGGAUCGGCAGAAUAAAAACCUACAACUUACAAGUGUACAAAGCCAAUGAUAUCCAGUCAAAAAGCCUAGUGUAUAUGGUCAUGAAAACAGAUAAUGUAAGUCUACUUGUAUUUUAUUUACUGACAGUAAGUGUUUUUUGGUUGUCAGCCCAUGACUGGAUACAAAUAAAUACCAUUCAGACAUAGAUAUGUGCCAGCUGCAAUUAUAGUUAUUUUAUUAACAGGUACAC